AUGUCGAAAGACGGCGAAACCACGCAGCGGCGUGUCGAAGACGCCGGUGCGCCUGUUCAAUAUGACAACCCGGACGAGGAAGUCAAGGUUGGAUGGAGAGUCUGGGCCGCCAUUUUUUUCAUGGCAGCCUCCUUUGGUCCCGGCGUUGCGCUCGCGUUCGUCGUCAUAGCAGCAAUUGUUGUCCAGGUCAGUAACGACCUGGGCAACGACGCGCCGUUCGCCUGGAUCGUUGGCGCGUGGUCUCUUUCCACCGCCGUCUCCUUCUCGCUCGGCGGGCCCCUGAGUGACAUCUUUGGCCGAAGGAACAUGAUUCUGGGUGGCCAAUUCGUCACGUUGAUUGGGUCCAUCGUCGGAGCAACAGCUCAGAGCGUUGCUGCUCUGAUCGCAGCUGAGACCGUCAUCGGUCUCGGUACAGGAUUCAUCUUUGUUGCUUACGCCGGUGUCCCUGAGAUGCUGCCUAACAAGUGGCGGGCUGUUGGCGUGGGUAUUCUGGAAGGUGGAAUUACCGUGCCCUGGGGUGUCAUCACGGCUCUUAUCGCCGGCAUCUUCUACAAGUAUGCGACAUGGCGGUGGAUCUUCUACAUCGGCAUCAUUACCGAGACCAUCUCCCUGAUCGGAACUGCCAUCUUCUACUGGCCGACAACCCAUCCGAGGGGCGACUUCGACAAGACUCGGUGGCAGCAGUUCAAAGAGAUCGACUGGAUCGGCAUCACUCUCUUUACCCUGGGUCUCGCGACGUGCCUUGUUGGAAUCACCUGGGGCGGCACGCCUGAACACCCUUGGGACAGCGCCAGCACCCUGACGCCCAUCUUGGUUGGUUUCGCCGGCCUCGUCGCUUGCUUUACCUGGGAGUUCAACUACGCCAAGGACCCAUUGUUCCCUCUUGAGCUCUUCAAGAUGUGGCGUGGCUUCACUCUUCUCCUGAUCGUCCUAUUCAUCUGCGGCAUGAACUUCAACGCCCUCUCGGCUCUGGUACCUCAGGGCUCGCUCUUCAUGUUCACGACCGACCCCAUCGAGAUUGGCGUGCUCUCACUGCCCACGAACAUCUGGAGUCUCUUCCCUGGUGUUGUCAUCCCCAUGCUGGCCCACAAGAUUGGUCACCUCAAGUGGCUCAUCGUCGCUGGCGCUGGCUUCCAGGCCGUGUUCAUCGGUGCCGGCGCCGCUACCGUGGCCCCGAACCACAAGCUCGCCUGGGCCUUCGUCCCUGCCAUCGGUGUUCCCAUGUUCCUCCUCUGCACCAUUGUCGGCUACGCCGUGGCCAGUCUCCACGUUCCUCACGCCCAUCUCGGCGUGGCCAUGGGCCUUCUCGGAACGUUCCGAUCCGCUGGUGGCGCCGUCGGAAACGCAAUCUUCAACUCUGUCUUCCAGAACAAGUUCAACGACUACGUAGGCGAGGAGGUCGUGAAGGCCGCCCUCGCCAGCGGACUCAACCCCGCCGACUUGGGCGCCAUUAUUCCCGGUGCCAUUACUUAUAAUCUUGAUGUCCCAGGGAGUCUCGAAGGCAUCGCUGGUAUGACGCCCGAGAUCCGGGACACACUCAGAGAGGCCGUGCGUUUCGCCUACGGUCGCGCCUUCAAGUUCCUCUUCUACAUCACCAUCCCCUUCAGUGUGGUCGCCUUCAUUUGCUCCCUGUGGAUCAAGGACCCUCAUGAGCACAUGACCAACCACGUUGCGGCAGCCAUGUUGUCGAGGGGCGCGGAGAAGAGGCUGCACGGCGACGGUCCCGGAAGCUCUGAUGUGGAGGUUGCCGCCGUUGAGGAUAGGCGCGAGCCCAAGACGAUUGGUUGA